CGUCUUCAUCAUGCUGAAGUCGGCGCUGGGCGCGGGGCUGCUGAGCUUCCCCUGGGCUUUCAGCAGGGCCGGCGGGGCCGCCCCCGCCCUCCUGGUGGAGAUGGGCUCGCUGGUCUUCCUGGUGAGCGGGCUGGCGGUGCUGGGCUACGCGGCGGCCCUCAGCGCCCAGCCCACCUACCAGGGGGUCGUCCGGGCGGUGUGCGGGGCGGCGGUGGGGAAGCUCUGCGAGGUCUGCUUCCUCCUCAACCUCUUCAUGAUCUCCGUGGCCCUCCUCAGGGUGGUGGGCGACCAGCUGGAGAAACUGUGUGACUCCCUGUACCCCAACGGGACGCUGAGCGGGGCCCCCCCGCUGCCCCCCUGGUACGCGGACCAGCGCUUCACCCUCUCGGCUCUCUGCAUCCUCGUCAUCUUCCCCCUCUCCGUCCCCAGGGAGAUUGGCUUCCAGAAAUACUCGAGCAUCCUGGGCACGCUGGCCGCCUGCUACCUCACCCUGGUCAUCGUCCUCAAGUACCACCUGCAGGCAGAGAGCCUGGGCUCACCUGAGCCCCCCCAGCCCUCCAGGGCUUCUUCCUGGGCCUCCGUCUUCAGCGUCAUCCCCACUAUCUGCUUCGGCUUCCAGUGCCACGAGGCCUGCGUGGCCAUCUACAGCAGCAUGCGCAACCAGAGCUUCUCCCACUGGGUCGCUGUCUCCGUGCUCUCCAUGCUCAUCUGCCUGCUCAUUUACUCCCUCACCGGUAACCCCAGCGCCGCAGCCCUUCCCCCUCCUUGCCCCAGGGGUCCCUUGUCCCCAGGGCUCAUCCAUCCUCCUCGGGCUCCUCUGUCGUUCUCUCCGGCAUGGUUGCCCACCAUCGCCGCCCCGUCGGCAGGGCUCUAUGGCUACAUGACCUUCGGUGAGGCCGUGGCGUCCGAUGUCCUGAUGUCCUACCCAGGGAACGACCCGGUUGUCAUCGUCGCUCGCCUGCUCUUCGGCAUCUCCGUCGUCACCAUCUACCCCAUCGUGGUGCUGCUGGGCAGGUCGGUGGUGCGGGACAUGUGGGUGACCCCCAAGUGCGGGGCCGUGGCGGUGCCCGAGGCGCACGAGCAGCGGAGCCGGGUGGCACUGACAGUGGCCUGGAUGGCCACCACGCUCGUCAUCGCCCUCUUCGUCCCUGACAUCGGCAAAGUCAUCGAGCUCAUCGGGGGCAUCAGCGCCUUCUUCAUCUUCAUCUUCCCAGGGCUGUGCCUGGUGUGCAUGACCGGGACACGAAACAUCGGGCCACGCAAAAAGGCUGCUCUCAUCGCCUGGGGCGUCCUCUCUGUCCUCGGCGGCGCCUUCGUCUGCGGGCAGAGCGCUGCCCUGGCCGUGCUGGGGCUGCUGCGCUGAGGGGCCAUGGACUCCCCCAUCGUGACCCCCGCCAUGAGCCCCCCACUGCAACCCCCCCCAGCCCCAUCACCCUGGACACGGCUACACCGCUGGAUCCCAUCGCGGUUUUAUUUGGCAUCAUCAUCGCCAGUGUACAGCGGCUAAUAAAGACAGGACAGGGCAUCGCCACGCACCCUGAGGGGCCCCCGGGCAUGGCGGGGUGGGGGCAGGACGAGCGCUGCACACGCACAGGCGGACAGACAGACACACAGACAGACAUACAGACCCCAGGCAAGGGGGCUGGGGGGAGGGG